UCUGCAGUUCUCUGGUCUGAGUAAGUUGGGUGAAGGCAGUUUAUUUCAUUCGUAUCUGAAGAAAAUAUUUUCGCUUAUAUUUAAGUUUUAAAGUAAUUAAAUAUGAAUGCGAUUAAUAAAACGGCGAUAGGUAUAGCUGCCGGUGUCGCCGGCACAAUUUUCAUUGGAUAUUGCAUUUAUUUCGACAGUAAACGACGCACUGAUCCCGAUUACAAGAAGAAAGUCCGUGAGCGCAGACGUCGUACCCGAAAAAAUGGAAAUGCUGGCCGCAGUGGAAUACCAAACCUCAAUGAUCAUGAAGCAAUUGAAAGGUAUUUCCUUCAGGAAAUUCAGUUGGGUGAAACUUUAAUUGCUCGUGGUGAAUUUGAAAAUGGUGUAGAGCACCUUGCUAAUGCUAUAGUGGUAUGUGGACAACCAGCUCGCCUCCUCCAAGUUUUGCAGACAUCGCUGCCAGCACAAGUAUUUGCUAUGCUGAUUCUUAAAAUGCAAGAGUUUGGUAACCGUGCAAGUUCAGAAAACGAAACACCCAAAAUCGUCACAGCUAAUUCUAUUGGAGGAGCUGAUUUGCCUCUUGGUUUAGAUGGCACCCAUUCUUCAGUUAUGAUUGACGACCUAGAAUAAUUGUUGAGCAUAUGUUAUAAUAUGAAGCAAAUCUGCUUAAUAUUUAGGUUUUCAUAUAAAUGCAUAUAUUGUUUGCCUAAAUAUCCAUCUACAAUGUUAAAUUACAUAUGCUUUUAUGUACAAAUACUUCUAAAACAAUUAAAAUAAAAUUAAAAUACAUCUUAAUAGAA